AUGAUGACGACGUACCGUCUGCUGUGCGCCCUGUUGGUGCUUGCCCUGUGCUGCUGCUGCCCGUCCGUGUGUGCGUCAGAUAAGCCUGCCGCUUCUUCACAGGUGGCGACAAUUUCGUCAUCAACCCCGACAUCUGGUCAGAAAGGUGAAGAGUCGGGUGUCGGACAUGCAGAUACUGCAGUAAAUGGAGGUGGUUCGAGCGAUAAGGAAAAGCAAUCAAGUGAUGCUCACAAUGAGGUACAAGAAGAAAGUACGGAAGACACGACAGGGACAGAAAGUGGCACGAGUACAUCCACAAAACAAGGAACUAAGGGUGAAGAAGGUCCUGCCGAGACUACCACGACAACCACAACAAAGGCGCCAACCACGACCUCGACCACCACCACAACAAAAUCACCAACAACGACCACCACUACAACACAGGCACCAAGUACUACGACUACAGAGGCUCCAACUACGACGAACACCCGCGCACCGUCACGUCUUCGCGAAAUCGACGGCAGCCUCAGCAGCUCUGCGUGGGUGUGUGCCCCGCUGGUGCUCGCCGCAUCCGCGCUGGCGUACACCGCUGUGGGCUGA